AUGCCGUUGCAAGAGGUCAUUCUCCACCUCUUGCGCAUUUUCCUCCUGGUUAAUUCAGUAGAGGUGCCACUGAAGGAGGUUCCACUGCGUGAGCAGUUAUUAGAGUACCUCUUUAGGGAUUACCAAAACUAUGAAAUUCCAGGAGCCUUCAACAAGACGACUACCGUUGUCACGGUCUAUAUGACGAUAACGGAGAUCACUUCGGUCGAUGUGCGUAUGAUGGACUAUACUACAUACCUACUUUUGCGACAAGAAUGGCAAGAUCCAAGACUGGCUUGGAACAAUAUUCCACGAUUUCGAAAUUACACCAAAAACCUGGUCUCGCCCAAAUUGAAAGAUAAAUUGUGGCUACCGGAUCUCUUUUUCCGCAAUGGCAAAGAGGGUCGCAUUCAUCGUAUGACCAUGCCUAAUUAUUUGACGCGUAUCUCUCCCGACGGAAACAUUCUCUAUAGCCAAAAGAUGACGAUGCGAUUCUCAUGUCAAAUGGAUCUCAAAACGUUUCCUAUGGAUGCUCAAACUUGCCACAUCAAUAUGGGCAGUUACGGAUACUCCUUGAAGGAGUUGCGUUUUGUAUGGCGGCCAGUUCAACCCAUAGAGCUUUCUGAUGGCAUGCAAAUUGCUGAAUUUAACAGUCCUGAGAGUGUGGUAGCCCAGGAUUGUAACGCAUUUUCGACUGACGAAAAUUCCUCAUGCCUUAACGCCACCUUCGUUCUUUCGCGUCAGUUAGGUUCCUGGUUCUCCAGUGUCUACAUAACCAACUUCCUCAUCGUCAUGGCAUCUUGGCAUAGCUUCUGGGUAGAUAUUGAAGCUCAGCCGGCUCGAGUGGCACUGGGAUUGUUGACUCUUCUCGGACUGAUUACUCAGGCCUCAGGCAUCUCGCAGAACCUUCCAAGAGUCUCCUACAUUAAGGCAAUUGACGUAUGGAACAUUGCUUGUAUCAUCUUCAACGUCAGUGUCUUGAUUGAAUUUGCAGUUGCCUCAAAUAUGCAAUGCACAAAGACCAGACGACCAGAGCGAUGGCGCUUGAAUGCUAGAGAAGCUCUCCGUGCAGAGGUGGAGGGGUGGUGCAUCGGAUGUCGUAGAGCAUUCCUCCAACGUCAGCAGAAUGUUAGCGAUUCCAAUAGUGGUUUCGUCAGUGUAGACCUCGAAACUGCCCUAAUUCAAGCCAUUUAUCCAGACAUUGAGAGUCGAUCCAAUCUCCUCCCAAAUGACAUUCUUCAACCAAAAGUUCGUUUCAAUAAUACGGACUUAACGGUUGACAUCCACGACGCUAUUGUUCUGGGUAUUGAUGAAGAAAUGGAGGAUAGAAAUUACGACGACGACGACGACGGUGAUGAUGAUGACAGCAAUUUUGCCAACGGUGCUAAGGACUCUGGAGCAAUGACAGAGGCUGGGAAACGCGUUGAACCAGAGUCCGCAGGAGGAGAGAAGAAGACAAAGAAUAAACGGAGGGUUUCAAGAAUUGAUAUCUACAGUAGAUUACUGUUUCCGCUUUGCUUCUUUGUCUAUAACUGUUGCUACUGGUCAUACUACUUAAUUCUUGUAAAGAAAAAGUAG